GACUACCCUGGCACCCAUUGUUUGAUCCGUCGGGCAGCGGAUGCGGAAUGGCGCUAUCACUUGUACGUUCACGCAAAGGGACACGCAUCGUUCCUGGGUCUAUUUAAGCACCACCGGAGGGUGGCAACUGAGGUCACCUCACUGCCCCCAUCUUCUCCAACCCUUGCCGGCCAGCAGCUAGCUAGUGUGCUCCGGUCCCUGCCGGCCUAGCUAGUUCGGCGGCGGCAAUGGAGAUCGAGAGGGAGGCGCCCGGCAGCGAGAGGGGGAGGAGCUGGCGGGCCAGCGCCGCGCAAGAUGCGCAGGAUGGCAAGAAGUUUGAAGACGGUGAUGAGACGCUCGUCAAGGAGCCGGCAUGGAAGCGAUUCCUCUCCCAUGUUGGGCCCGGGUUCAUGGUGUCCCUGGCCUAUCUGGAUCCCGGCAACUGUGAGAGCCCUUCUCCUCUUUCUCUUUUGCAACCAGUGGAAACGGACCUGCAAGCCGGCGCCAACCACAGAUAUGAGCUCCUCUGGGUGAUUCUGAUUGGCCUCGUCUUCGCACUGAUCAUACAGUCACUAGCAGCUAACCUUGGCGUGGUUACAGGAAAGCAUCUCGCCGAGAUAUGCAAGAGCGAGUAUCCGAAGCCGGUGAUGAUCUGCCUCUGGCUUCUUGCGGAGGUGGCGGUGAUCGCCGCCGAUAUCCCGGAAGUGAUCGGGACGGCCUUCGCUUUCUACCUCUUGUUCCGCAUCCCUGUGUGGAUCGGGGUUCUCAUCACCGGCUCCAGCACGCUCCUCCUUCUUGGCCUACAAAGAUACGGUGUGCGCAAGCUCGAGUUUCUGAUCUCCAUGCUGGUUUUCGUCAUGGCGGCGUGCUUCUUCGGAGAGCUGAGCAUAGUGAAGCCUCCGGCGAAGGAGGUCCUCAAGGGGCUGUUCAUUCCCAAGCUCAAGGGGAACGGUGCCACCGGCGACGCCAUCGCCCUCCUUGGAGCACUAGUCAUGCCUCACAACUUGUUCUUGCAUUCGGCGUUGGUGCUGUCCAGGAAGACGCCGUCAUCAGUAAGAGGAAUCAAGGAUGCUUGCAGGUUCUUCCUGUACGAGAGCGGCUUCGCGCUGUUCGUGGCGCUGCUUAUCAACAUAGCCGUCAUCUCCGUGUCCGGGACCGUCUGCUUCGGGGAGAACCUCUCGGCGGAGGACAUCGACAAAUGCAGUGACCUCAGUCUGGACAACUCCUCAUUUCUGCUCAAGAACGUCCUGGGCAGGUCCAGCUCGAUCGUGUACGGUGUGGCGCUGUUAGCCUCAGGGCAAAGCUCGACCAUUACCGGCACAUAUGCCGGCCAGUACAUCAUGCAGGGGUUCUUGGACAUCAAGAUGAAGACGUGGCUGAGGAACCUGAUGACACGCUGCAUCGCCAUUGCACCCAGCCUAGUCGUCUCCAUCAUCGGCGGGUCGAAUGGCGCCGGCCGUCUCAUCAUCAUCGCGUCGAUGAUACUGUCGUUUGAGCUGCCGUUUGCACUCAUCCCGCUUCUCAAGUUCAGCAGCAGCAGCAGCAAGAUGGGCCCGCACAAGAACUCCAUCUACGUCAUUGUGUUCUCGUGGACUCUUGGGCUGAUGCUCAUCGGCAUCAACGUCUAUUUCCUCAGCACCAGCUUCAUGGGGUGGCUCAUCAACAGUUCGCUGCCCACCUACGCCAAGGUGCUCGUCGGAAUUGUCGUCUGCCCGCUGAUGCUCGUCUACCUCGUCGCCGUCGUCUACCUCACCUUCAGGAAGGACACCGUCGUCACCUUCGUCGCCGACUCGUGCAAGGCCGACGCCGAGAAGGCGGCGGGCGGCAGCGGGGAGGACGACGACGAGCCCGUGCCCUACCGUGAGGACCUGGCAGACAUACCGCUCCCAGCCCACAGCAGAGGCUAGCUAGCUAUAGAAAGUUUAUGAUAGCUACAUGGACAUCUCGCCUCGUCUUGUGAACAUGUAUAUGUCAUGUAUUUUGAAGUAGUAAUUGCAGUAGGAGUAUAUGUUUUACGGUGCGGCCGUGUAUACGUGUCAAAAUUCGUACCAUUUUAUCAGAGUUUCUCAUACA